GUGUUUGGAACGCAGAAUUUGAAAAUAGAUUUACGACUGAUGCAUAUUUUCGAUUGACUGAAAAUCGAUAAUAUCCUCCGUUGCUAGGCGAAAUAAACAAAUUGGUAGAUUUAUAGCCCGGUGAAUUCAGGUAGCAAAUUUACCAGAACAAGGAAGCCAUAGGUGGUGCAGUGGGCAAAAUUAUUGUUUUGUUGGAGGGAUGGUGACUGGGAGGGAAUUCCGUGAAAGCCUGCGUCAGAAAGGGCGCAAAAAACGCGUAGUGCCAGGCUUCACGGUGCAGUCCUUGCAAAGCGGAGUUGUCGUCCAAGGGCCGCCUCGCGUUAGUGCAGUACGCCCGCGCCAAACACCAAAGGAGUCAAUCUUCAGAAAGGCUUACCUUCGUGGGGACUUGCCAAUAUCCUUGGCUUUCGAUACCUAUGGCACCAAGCUCACCUGGAAGGUGGAAGUGGAGAAACUGGACUACCAUCACUACUUGCCAAUAUUUUUUGAUGGCUUAAGUGAGACUGAAUAUCCUUAUAAGUUCUUCGCACAGCAAGGGAUAAAAGACAUGAUGCAACAUGGUGGUCCAAAAAUUGUACCAGUUAUACCACAGCUUAUUAUACCCAUCAAAAAUGCUUUAAAUACUAGAAAGCAUGAUGUAGUCUGCACAACACUGAAGGUGAUGCAGCAGUUGGUUAUGAGUGCUGAUAUGGUGGGAGAAGCCCUUGUUCCAUAUUACAGGCAAAUACUACCUGUAUUUAAUCUGUUCAAAAAUAAAAACGUGAACUGUGGUGAUGACAUUGACUAUACUCAAAUGAAGCAUGAGAAUCUUGGCGAUCUUAUUCAAGAAACACUUGAAAUUCUGGAAAGACAUGGUGGAGAUGAUGCAUACAUUAAUAUAAAAUACAUGGUGCCUACCUAUGAAUCCUGUGUUAUGAAUUAGAAUGAAAAACUAUAAGGAGACAAGGUUAUUUGUAGGCAAAAUAGAUUUCAGAUACUGUUAACAGACUACAAUUGUUAUUACUGCACACUAGAAUCACCAAAUAAAUUGUUAUGUUUA